CGACAAUUCAUGCACACCAACGUUUCAAAGUCUAGCGAAAAAUCAAUGAGAAGCACGUCACUGUGGCCGACCAACAAAAAAAUCAAGAGUGAUGAUAACAAUGAGAGCACACAGAAAUUGGAACGCCUAAAAUAUCCCACAAACAACACUAGUCAAUUAAAUUGUGCAAUGUCAAUUGUGUGCGACAUACUUGAUUGAAUUUUACACAUCACUUUGAAAUGGUUGUGCAUUCAUAAAAUAUUAUCUUUAUAUUGUUGUCAUAUAAUAUAACAAAAUGGUUGAGCAUAUUACUUUACUUUCGUAAUAACUUUGUUACUUUAUUUUAAUUAGUAUAAUUAAAUUGAAAGAAUUGUCAUUAUAAUUAAAUAGGUGAACUUCACCCCACUCGUGUGUUGUGAACUGCUCACACCAAAUUUUAAAUCGUUAGAUCAACACACACUCAUAUCAAUAUAUGUACGAAAGUUUAACUCACAUUUUAGACGGUUUGAAUUCCUAUAUAAACAUACUUUUAUGAUCGACAGUUUUGCUAUAAAGCCAUCGGAUGGCACGAAUUAUGGAAUCAUCCACAUUUAUUCAUAAAUUAUGUAUUGGCACGUGUCCUUCAAUUAAUACACUUUACACAUGUGUCAAUAAAUUAAAUGAUGGACGAUUCUAUAAGAAAACCAUCCUAUAGUUCUAUAGAAUUUCUGUUAUAAUCGAAUUCUCCCUUAAAAUACUAUAUAUUUUACUAUUUAAAAUACUGGUUACCCACAGUUUAUACACAAGUUGGGAUAGAAGAAAAAUAAAGAUUCGCUAUUUUUUUACAAAAGAGAACUAGUUUGCAACUGCAACCGACCCAUUUCAAUUGAGAUGCACCAAACUUGACUGCUGACUCCAUUUCUUUUAUUUUAUUUCCUUUUUCUUCUCCCUUCCCGAUACUUUCGCUGCCCUCACACAAAAGAUUUGCAAUUUUAUUUAUAAUUAUAUUUUAUUACCCAUUCUUGAAAAUAAUAAUGAAAAAUAUUCAGCCCCCUUUUGUGAGAAUUAGGAUUACAAAUUGAGCAGUUUUCCUUCUGAAAAAUGGAUUUUUGCUGUGUUCCCGUUAUUCAGAAAAGCAUCAUCCACUGAUUCGUAUAUAGAACGCCACCCACACAGCGAAGCAAAUUUCACUUUUUUUUUUUGUAUUUUUUAUUUUUCGGAUUAAAUGUCUGAAUUGGUGGCUCGAACUGGCCGGCAUCAGCAGCGCUACGAGGAUGGCUAUCGCCUCAUUGCUGGGUGUAUUCCCUUCAAAUACAGGAACGUGGAAGAUGGCAACAGCUCACCUGAGAAGAUAGUUGAAGUACUAAUGAUCAAUUCAAAUAGCGGACCUGGUCUUCUAUUUCCUAAGGGUGGAUGGGAAAAUGACGAGACAGCUGAGGAGGCUGCAGAGAGAGAAGCCAUGGAAGAGGCUGGGGUUCGAGGGGAUUUAGUGAGCAAAACUCUCCAAGACGAGUAUAGCCCAGAAGGUCUAUGUAGAGCUGCCAUGUACGCGUUGCAUGUGAAGGAAGAGCUCGAGUGCUGGCCGGAGAAAAGUCAACGGGAGAGAAGUUGGUUGACUAUACGAGAAGCCAUCGAAUGCUGCAGGCACAUGGCAUGA